UUUGAUUGAUUCAAAUAUAAAUAACAAGGCUAUAACAUGACAACGAAGACUUUUUUGGUUAGUAGCAGAGAACAGCAGAAUAACUUUAGUCAACAUUAACAAUAACAUAAUAAAGCAUAGCUGGUACCGGUGUAUUGAUACUACAGAGAAAAUGAGCACUGAACUCCAUCCAUCCAUUUUCAUCCGCUUAUCCGGAGCUGGGUCACAGGGGCAGCAGGCCAAGCAAAGCACCCCAGACGUCCCUCUCCCCAGCAACGCUUUCCAGCUCCUCCUGGGGGACCUCAAGGUAUUUCCAGGCCAGAUGAGAUAUGUAAUACCUCCAGUGUGUUCUGGGGAGGCAUCCUGAUCAGAUGCCCGAACCACCUCAACUGACCCCUUUUGACGGGAAGGAGCAGCGGCUCUACUCCGAGCUCCCUUCAGAUGUCCGAGCUCCUUACCCUAUCUCUAAGGCUGAGCCCAGCCACCCAUGGAGGAAACUCAUUUCGGCUGCUUGUACUGCGAUCUCAUUCUUUCGGUCACUACUCAGAGCUCAUGACCAUAGGUGAGGGUUGGGAUGUAGAUGGACCAGUAAAUCGAAAGCUUCGCUUUCCAGCUCAGCUCCCUCUUCAUCAGAACGGUCUGGCGCAGCGGCGGCAUCACUGCAAGAAGCCGUGCCAAACCACUGAUGCAUCUCACGCUCCAUUCUACGUUGCUUCAAGUGAGGGAGUUCCCGAGAAGUAUCUUUGGGUCCAAUCCAAAAUCCAAUGGAAAAAACCUAUAGGCUUUUUGUAGAGGGAACCAGGGUGAGGCUAACUUCCGUAUUGGCAAGGGUACAUAACAUCAUACUUUGGUGACAAACCUUUCUUUUGUCUUUGCCAGCAAACUGAACAAACAAGGCAGAACAUGCAGAGUGUUUCCUUCCCCUCAUCCUGCUUUGCUCAACAUGCAUGCUAGACAGAGAGAGUGAGGUGUGGAUGCCCUCAGAGCAGACAGCUGCGGGCAGCUGGAGCAGAGAGAAAUUUAUCUGGGUGAACCUGCCCGGACAUCCACCUGCUUGCACUACCCUGCCCUCCUCCUAUAACACCUGUAGCUUGCUCUGAUACUGCAGCUAUCAUCUUAGUGGCAAGGUGAGCUGUGGGCCACCUUAAAAAAAAAAAGAACAAAAUUACCAGCCAGGUCAACUUAUUAAAAGUUCUUCAGUAAAACAAGCAUAGACUGAGUAUCGACUGAGGCAUACAAUAAUGUUGCCUCUCAUUACUCUGUGCAGCAGAUGCCAUCAAACCGGUUUCAAAAUAAAUGUUGACGUUCUACACAACUCAAACGUCACUUAAAGAGGCUGAGCCCACUUUGAUUCUGCUGCUUUGGACCUCCUACCUGCUCAUAUCGCCCCACCUUCCCGAUCCUAUAAAGGAAUGAAUAUAGCAGAUCUCUGUCUCUUCUUUGGUGGAAGGUGCAUGGACUAAAUCAUACAGACCUACAUCCUUAAGAGAUCCUCUGCCAACAAAGUGUACAGACAGUAUGGCACACCAUAUCCACCCAAUAAUUGGGGAUCUCUACAGACACACUGAUCCCGUACCGGAGGAUACACCAAAGGUCCAUGGCUACGACUUCAACCAAGGAGUGGACCACCGCGCCCUGCUGCAGUCCUAUCUCAACACAGGCUUCCAGGCUACUCACUUUGGCUUGGCUAUCCAGGAGAUCAACAACAUGAUUGAGAGGCGUCAGCAACCGCUGAAGAGGGUGAAUGGAACGGUUGAGGAAGAUCCAUCAACCUGCCCCUGCCUCCAGAGCUGCACCAUCUUCCUCGGUUACACUUCAAAUCUCAUCAGCUGUGGCAUCAGGGAGACUAUCCGCUACCUUGUAGAGCACAAAAUGGUGGAUGUCUUGGUGACAACAGCUGGAGGUAUAGAGGAGGAUCUGAUCAAGUGUUUGGGUCCGGUUUACAUGGGAGAAUUUACUCUGCCCGGCAAGGAUCUGUAUAAAAAAGGUCUUAACAGGCAAGGGAACGUCCUGAUGCCAGAUGAAAACUAUGCAAAAUUUGACGAAUGGAUGGUGCCGAUCCUGAAGGAGAUGUUGGUGGAGCAGAGAAAUCAGGGCGUUCGCUGGACUCCAUCUAAGGUGAUCCAGCGGCUGGGCAAGGAGAUUGACAACCCUGAAUCUGUUUACUACUGGGCCUACAAGAAUAACAUCCCAGUGUUCUGCCCUGCCCUGACAGACGGUGCUAUAGGAGACCAAUUCUACCUCUUCUCACAAGAGAACCCCGACAUUAUGUUGGAUAUAGUUGAAGAUAUUUCAAAGUUGAACAACCUUGUGGCGGCUGCCAACAGCACAGGGAUUAUCACCCUGGGAGGAGGUGUAGCCAAACACCACAUAUGCAAUGCCAAUUCCUGGAGGGAUGGAGCUGACUAUGUGGUGUACGUGAACACAGCUCAGGAGUUUGAUGGUUGUGACUCAGGGGCCAGACCUGAUGAGGCCGUGUCGUGGGGCAAGAUCAGAGCAGAAGCUAAACCAGUGAAGGUGUUCGGAGAUGCUACCAUAAUCUUCCCGUUAUUGGUGGCAGAGACCUUCGCAGUUCACGCUAACACAACUACCAGCAAGGGGAAAAAAUGAAAUCAAGGCCUCUUCUCAUCUUUUAUCAAUAGAUGCAAUACUUUUUCAUUAUCUCUGUCUCUUUUUUCAGACUUUUGGCUUUACAGAUAUCUUUGUUUCUCAUGGUGAACUUCUCAACUUAUCAUUCCAGGAAAAUACUUUUCUCUGACCUGCUUGAGGGGCAAUUUCAUCUGAUUGCUAUGGCCUGCUCAGUUGCUCAGCUGCCAUUCCCAUUUGUCUGGUUGCACGAGUCUUCAAAAUGACCACAAUUAGGAACUCCUCAAGCAUGAGAAAUAUUUACACGCAUGAUAACUUUUCUUGACCUGACCUGGUUUCAGUAUGUUUGAGUGCAGGCAAGUUUAUGAAGUCGUUAGGUUGGCACAGUCUAAUAAGCGGUGUUUUGUUGAGUUGGGUCCACGGAACAGACUAGGCUCAAUAGUGUCCUGGAUCCACGCUCCUCUUUACCUGCACCCAUAAACUCAACACUGCCCUCCGAACCUUGCGCACACUGUUUGGCUGACAUCAGUCUCUUGUGCUGCAUCCUUGCUUAUGGUUUUGUCUUUGAUUGCAUAACUAUUUCUCAGUUUACACAUAGUGUCGACAAGACUUAAAUGGAGACCUUUGAAAACUCUGCUGUUCCUGUUGUAGUCUGAAAACUCCAGUGUUUUGGAAACAAUUACCCAUGUUCGCUUUCUGAUUGGGUCAUAUCAGUCACGACGUGUCAAGCCACAUUAUGACAGCUAUAGGUCGACAUACCAUUUCUGAUUUAACAAUCCUGUUUGAGUACUCCUUUCACAUUGCCAUGCCUUCAUCUGGUGAUGUGUAAUGCUCCUGGUACUGCACUGAUAUGUUGCUGUAUUUGCUUUGCAAUGAUUGCCAUCUGUUUUCGGCCGCCUUGACCACCUUAUACUUAUGUGUCACUUUCAGUAGCAGUUCCACCUUACUGUUAGAGUAGACAAUCUGCUUCCUAUUUACACCGGCAUGCCCAGUGUACGCAAAUGGUCAUGUGAUAUGUGUUUUCAGAAGUGUUGGCAUGGAUGGAGAUUAUUUCUGUACUGGUGCUGUAAAAGCUUGUGUGCAGAGAUCGAGGGUGGAUCAUGGGAAGUACCACCAAUUGGUCCAGGAGCUUCGCAUCCAUGAAUGCCAUUUACAGGGAUAUUUUAGGAUGACUCGGGGGCAGUUUGACAACCUGCUGUCUAUUGUUGGGCUGUAUACUGUAGCUCUGGGUAUCCAGCAACCAUUACUACCAGUUUCUAUCAGUAAACUUGUCGUGACCACUAUAGAAGGUCAAAUCAUGCAAUUGGACAAUGGGAAAAAUUACAAUAAAAAAGAGAUGAUGUGGGGCGCUCUUUUGCUCCGAGGCAAGAGCAAAAACUUAAUCCUUAGUUAAAACAAUUUCAGAAAGGCACCUCCAGCUGUUAAAACGCUUCCCGUGUGAUCAGGGCCAAAGCCAUCAAGCAGUGGUAGCCAGCUGGGAUUGACAUAGAGGGCCAGUCUUAAAUUGGUAGCUGGUAGUUGGUUGUCUCCUGGUUGGUCAGAACUGUAACCCCAGCAGGCUAGGCACAAGCCCAGGGCCCCAAGGUGUCAGCCCCCACUGCAGCUUUUACUAGUGUUAUUUUUAAAUCUGUUUGACAGGUCAACAUGUCUUAAUCCAUACAGAACAGAACAGAUCUUUGUGGUAUACCAUGCUGACUUCAAUGGGUUAUAUAUAUUAAAAUCCAUAAACAGGCUGGCAGCACGAGGCAUGACCCAUCAAGUAAGGCAAGGGCUAACUUUUGAAGAAUUGUUGUUUUUACUUGAAUCUAUCUGGUUGAAGGUGCUUAUUCACAUGUUGAUGCUAUGCUAAAAAAUCAAUAAAAAAUGAAUAGAUUUGAAUAGAUAA